AAGAAAUAACGUCCUCUUUAUGUGCAAUAUGAUAUGAACAGUCGUCUAUUAUUGGAUAAUUCACCGACAGGGAAGCAAUUCUGCAAGUGCAUCCUAUUCGCCGAGCAUUUGAAAACAGCCAGAAACAAGAUCAGAUGUGUAUAUCGGGAAGACAAAAUGGAUAGUGUUGAAAAUGGGAAGCUAUUGAAAAAAACAGAAGACAUUUUGACUGAAAAGGAACUUCAUUACAUAGUAAAACAGACAACGGAUCAAAUAUUUGAAAUUAUUGAUUACCAUAUAAGACCAGCCUCCGAAGAUGGCUUAAAGGGUUUCGUCGGAGACCACUUUAAAAUGACAAUUAAUGUAAAAGAAAAUGAUUGCGUGAGGAGGAUACAUUUGUUUAUCAAGACCUUGCCGCUAGUGAACAAGCCAAAAGCAGAUUUGAUUGUUGAAAACCAGUUUUUUAACAGAGAGGCUUUGAUGUUUAAUUUGCUUGAAGAGAUGCAGGAAAUUGGGGGUCAAAACUCCUGGUACACAAAAGCCUUUAUUCAUAACGAUAAGGUAUUAGUGAUGCCUGACCUCUGUGAGCAGGGCUACAAGACGUAUCCGGUGCAAAGAUAUCUCGACAAAGACCACAUCUUCACUACUGUAUCAACGGUAGCACGUUUUCACGCUGCAUUUGCAAAAUACGAGUCAAAAAAGAAAUCUGAAGAUCGUGGAUAUAAUUUUAUGGACAAAUACGGUGAUAUUGUACUGGAGCCACCGAUGUCUUUCGGUGAUACACUAUGGGUGAAAAGCGGUGCUAAGUUGACUAACAAUUUUCUUAGAGAAUUCUCCUCAAAAUACGAUCAUUACCCGGCAGAUUUGGAAGCAAAGUUAUGCGAACUUUAUAUUAAAGGCAGUAACACUCUUAAGGAAUAUGAAGAUACCCUUAACGUAAUCGUUCACAAAGAUCUUUGGGCAAACAAUAUACUGUUUAAGUACAAGGGGGAUGAAGUAACAAAUGCUUUGCUGUUAGAUUUCCAAUGUAUUCGAUACGGUCCGCCCGAAUUCGAUGUCAUGUCCUUGCUGUAUUUGACUACUUCUAGAGAUUUUCGCGAUCGAUAUGAAAACGUGCUCCUCAGACAUUAUUAUUCGGAAUUCGUGGAUAAUGUAGAUGAGCUGACGAAACAGAGAAUGCGUGAUUUGAGCUAUGAUGAAGAUGCAUUUUUAAUUUGGUGUGAGAAGGCUCGGAAGUUCGGCAUGGUGGUGGCGAUUAUGAUAUUUCCGUUCGUUUUAAUGGAUCCGGUCGCCGCGCAGAAGGCUUUCGACGAUCCAGACACGUACGUGGAAUUCAUAGAAGUUGACAGAUCUGCGCCUGUGAUAUCUCACGCUCGCGAGAACUGCCAUUACAGAAACAGACAGUUGGAAGUUUGUGAAGAAUUCGUCGAGAGAUUCGUAACGGCAUAAAGUUAGUUUAGUUUUAGGAUAAAGCAAAUCGAUUUGUUUUUACUAAUGUUAUUUUACUGUUACCUAAUUUAUAUUUAUGAAUAGCAAUAUCCGAUGAUAAAAUUAUGACGUUUUUUUAAAAUACCUAUUA